CGAAUAUCAUAGGUUCUUGGCCUUUUUUUUAGUACUUUGGACUAAAGACACAUUCUGGGCCUAAAUUGUAUGAAGAGAAAAAGGCCAAUAAAAAAGUAUCAAAGUCCUAAAAAAUUCCUUAAAAAUGUUGAAGAUGCUAAAUUAGUGUCAUCUCCUAAUACAAGAGAAAAUGAUCAUAUCUCAAUCAAUUUUCAAUUUUACCAAAUUCUUAAAGUAUGAAGAGAAGAAGGCUAAUAAAGAAGUAUCAAAGUCCUAAAAAAUUCCUCAAAGAUGUUGAAGAUGCUAAAUUAGUGUCAUCUCCUAAUACAAGAGGAAAUGAUCAUAUCUCAAUCAAUUUUCAAUUUUACCAAAUUCUUAAAGUGUGAACUUAUACAUGAUUGUUAUUCUUUGAUUUAAGUAAUAUAGUUUUCUCUUAUUUUUUUUAUUUUUUACGGGCAUGAAGAGAAGAAGGCUAAUAAAAAGGUAUCAAAGUCCUAAAAAAUCCCACAAAGAUAUUGAAAAUGCUAGACUAGUGUCAUCCCCUAAUGCAAGAUGAAAUGAUCAUAUCUCAAUUUUCAAUUUUACCCAAUUCUUAAAGUGUCAUCCCCUAAUAUUGUUUUUUCUUAUUUUUUUAUAUUAUUGCAGGUAUUAAAAGGAGAAGACUUGUACAAUUCGAAGAGGAAGAAGAUGAACAUAUUGAACCGAAUGUUGUAUAUGCUAGAGAAAAUGUUCAUCUCUCAAAUUAUGAAAAUAGUAACUAUCUCCUCUUUUAGCAUACUAUGAUAAAAAUAUUGUGAAGUUUCUAAUUUCUUUAAUUAGGUUUCUAAUUCUUUUACUUUAAAGUUAUCUUGGCACGAGAAAAAAGACAUCUUCCAAGUCAUUCUAAGUUAACAUCUUCUAAAGGCAAGAGUCAACAAGAGCAUAUAGCUCAAAGUUCAUCCAUUCAAAAUGAACUUCAUAGUCAUAGCCUAUCAGAUGCUGAUUUCUUAAUAAUGAAGAGGUAGAUGGAGUUGCUAUUUCUAGAAAGAAGUGGAACACCACAUGGUCUGUUAUUGUUGUAGAUGAACAAGGGGUUGAAAAGAGUAUGCAUCUUAAGGUAAAAGAUGCAUUUUCCCUUCAUCAUAGUAGGAAACGAGCUCUUAUAGAAUGGAAUGGAAGUGGUCAGCCAAUUGGAGAAUCCGGUGGACUCUUGGGAGGUGUUUUGGGGCUCAUUGCAAGUAAUUUUAAUAAUUUUCCUAUAAUGUACAAAACUUGGCAUAAAGUUCCAAUGCAAUAUAAAGAUGCUAUUUUUGAGAAUACUAUUAAGAAAAUAUUUGUUGUUAAUGAUGAUGAACACAAAAGGUAUAUCUUGUCAAAUCUUGGAAAUAAGUGGAAGAAUAAUAGAUUUAAGCUAUUCAAUGAGCAUUAUAAAUCGGAACUUAGUUGGGAUGCAAAUGUUAAUUUGAAUCCAAUUGGAAUUCCCAAAGACCAUUGGGCUGCAUUUUUGGAAUAUAGAUUGAGUCCAAAAACUCAGGAAUUGUGUGAAAAGAAUGCUAUAAAUCGGCAACAAUUAAAAAUUCCUCACACUAUUGGCUCAAAAACACUUGCUAGGAAACGCCAUGAACUUGAAAACUUACAAAAGGAAAUUGGUGAGGGUGCUUCUGAAAAUGAAGCAUAUGUUAAAGUAUUUGGCAAAGAGAAUUCAAGCUAUGUUAGAGGUAUGGGAGUUGGUGUUCGUCCAUCUCAAAUGAUUAGAUCCUUAUCCUGCUCAAGAGAGUCUAUGCAAUCUACUACAACUAGUGGACCAUCAAGAACUGAAUAUCAAAACUUGAAGUUACAAGUACAAUUGCUACAGGAACAAGUAAAUUUUCUUGUGAAUCAUCAAAAGGGUCAAUUGCCACCUGGUUUUCCUACUGAGGUUGCAGAUUUUGAAUCACCUACACAUACAAGACCAUAUUCUUCUGCCAGUCAUGAACCUCAACAACACAGGCCAUCCAACGUUUAAAGGAGUUUUAUGAUUGAAUUGUUAGGUUUACAAGUUUGGAUUAAGUUGGAAUUUUUUGAAUUUACAUAUGGAUUAUUACUAUGUAAUUAAAACUUGUAGAAUUCAACUUUUGAAAUACAUUGUUGCUAUUUCUAUAAAACUUGGGGGAUUGAA